AUGGCGUGGAAUGCAAAUGCAUCUAGCGCUUGGACGACUUCGCCCAACAAGACCCCAACCGAACAUGACAACACAAGCUUUCCGGGGCUCAAGCCCACCAAGUCCACCGACACGGCCAGGAUAGACCUGUCCGAGAUUCAGAAAGAUGAACUUCUGGCUCUCGAAGCAAUCUACGCUGAUGACUUUGUGGAUCAUACCGGCGAACAGAGUGCGUGGAAGAAAACGGAGCCUACCUUUGAUAUCCAUAUCAGGUCAACGAUUGAUGAAGACUUCUCACUGACACUGAGAUUUGUUAUGAAUGCGUCCUAUCCCAAGUCGCCACCUAUCAUCAGCCCACGGAAUCAUGGACACCUCCGCGAGGUCAUCAGGUUCAAGCUUCAAAAGUUCCUCGAAACCCAGCCCAAGAUCCUUGCUGGAGAUGGCGAAGCCAUGAUUAUGCAGAUUGUGGAUGGCAUUCGUGAGAUUCUCGAUGAUGCCGCCCAGAAGAAGGCUGAUGGUAAGGACCUGCCGUCUCUGGAGGUGGAGCGUGAACGUCACGAGGCCCAACUGGCCACUGCGGCAAAGGAGAAGAAGGAGCAGGAACAGCGCGAAAAGGACGAGCAGAACAAAGAAGAGGAGCGCGUAAUGGCUGCAAUGCUGCAAAAGGAGAUUGACCGGAAAGCGCAAACUGCAAAGGAGUUCAGGCUGGGACGACAGUCUAAUGGACACUCCCAAGGGCCAUCCGACAACAGCCCCUCGGCCUCAGAGACUCUCGAAUUCGACCAGUACUGCCAUACCACGGACAAGAAGGGCGAUCCCAUAUCGUUCCUCGCCGUCACUGACAAGGAUGACCCUAUACCGGGCCCAGUCUCUACCGUAUACAGCGUGCGACCGGUAUUUACGCAAGGGCCAGGACGACACGUGAUGGCCUUGAAACAGGCUAUCCUCCGCCCGAAUGUGAGCAAGGAGUCGAAAGACUUCAAAAAGCAACUCCAGACGCUCGAGUCUCGAUUGCAGGAUCUGAAGCAGUCCAAGGUGAAGCAUGCGCACCUCGUUGAGGUUUUGGAUUUCAAGGUCGAGAGCAGCACCACCGUGGACUCUCUACCCUCUCUUUCGUGGAGGAUCAGCGUCUUGACGCCUCUGGCUGACAGAGGUUCCUUGGAAGAAUACCUGGCCGAUUCACCCGGCAUUGAGCUUGGCAAGGUGCGAUCCUGGACCAGGGACUUGCUAGAUGCCUUGAAUUUCCUGCACAACAAGAACAUCGUCCACGGUGAUAUUCACUCGGGUAACGUCUUGCUCUUCCGUGGCCCUACAGGCACGAUUCCGAAACUCUCAGAUGCAGGAUAUCAGAGAGAGAUACACAACAUGGCAGCCAAGCGCGGCAUGCCCACCCUGGAAUCUUCCAAGUCCGCGUAUUGGCUGGCCCCUGAGAUAGCCGGAGUGUCGAAACCGCCGUACACAUACAAGACAGACGUAUGGGACUUUGGCAUCGUAUUUGUGGAGCUCAUCUUCGGAUCGAAUAUCCUGCGGCAAUACUCCUCGCCGAGGAAUCUCAUGGAUUCUCUGCCACUUUCGCGAUCUUUGCAAGAGCUGGUUGGACGCUUUUUCAAAGAAGAAAAGCAGAAAAGGCCACGCCCAUUCGAGUUGGGAUCCAGUGAGUUCCUGGCAACAGACGCGCCUGUUAUGGUAGAGGAUCAUACCAACUCCUUGCCGCGGACGCCCAUGCUUUCGACGUCAAGCACGCCUCACACACCCGGCAAUCGACGAGAUUCCAUGUCGCGACCCGCUGGAUUUUCCCGUUAUGCAGAAGACUUCAUCGAGGAGGGCCGGCUAGGCAAAGGCGGGUUUGGAGAAGUCGUCAAGGCUCGGCAGAAGCUUGACGGCCAUAUCUACGCAAUCAAGAAGAUCACCCAGCGAUCACAGCACAGCCUCACAGAGGUUUUGAAAGAGGUCAGACUUCUUUCGAGGCUUAGUCACCCGGCUGUUGUCCGUUACUACAGCACAUGGGUUGAGGAAGUUGCUGUAGAUGCCGGAAGUAGCGAUACCGCUACCCUCACAUCAACAGAAGGUGUCACGGGAGACACGGGAAUCUCAGGCUCUCAAGCUGCCGAGUCUGGCGAUAUUGAUAUACAAUUUCAUACCAGCACCGGCGGCUUGGAUUUCAUCUCGUCUAACGCAGGGGUACAGUUCGGCUACGAUGAUGAUGAGUCGGAAGAAGAAGAGGGCGACGACUACUUCAACUCAGAUGACGAUGACGAAGAGGAUGACGGCGAGAGCACCGAGGAGGAAAACGACUCAGACGAGCGCGCUGUCUCGCCGUUGCGGGAGCGGGGAACCAGGCGCCCCUCGCGUUUCCAGCGCCCUUUCAAGACUGUCCUCUACAUCUCGAUGGAGUACUGCGAGAAGCGGACACUGCGCGACUUGAUCAACCGUAAUCUGUACAAGGACAACCAAGAAGUCUGGCGGCUGUUCAGGCAAACUUUGGAAGGACUGGCGCACAUCCACAGCUUGAGCAUUGUCCAUCGGGACCUGAAGCCGGAGAAUAUCUUCAUCAGCAAUUCUGACGGGUCAGAUAAUGUCAAGAUCGGCGAUUUUGGACUGGCGACCAGUGGGCAGUUUUCCGUGGAUAGGGUCCUCGCGAACGGGUUCGAAACGGACGACAUGACGAAGAGCAUCGGCACGGCUUCGUAUUCAGCGCCCGAGGUCAGGUCAGCUGUCAACGGUGUGUAUAGCACCAAAGUCGAUAUGUACUCUCUUGGCAUCAUCUUAUUCGAGAUGUGCUAUCUUCCCAUGGUAGGGAUGCACAAGGCCGAUGUCAUUGGGCGGCUGCGCCGUGCUGAGCCUGCUCUGCCAUCCGACUUCCAACCGCCCGAUAAGAACCAAGUUGAUAUUGUCCUAUCCCUCCUCUGUCAUAAUCCGAAGGACCGACCAUCCAGCUCUGCCCUGUUGAAAAGCGGCAAACUGCCGGAGCCAAUGCAGAGCGAGACGAUAUCACGGGCCAUGGCCAGCCUGGCUGAUCCCAACUCUCCCUACGACGGCCAGAUCCGGUCGGCGCUCUUCGCCCGUCCACUUGAGAAGACAAAAAACUAUGCUUGGGACUUGAACUCGGUGGAGUUGACUCCCCAAGAGCUGCUAAACCAGCAUAUAGUGGAGCAGAGACUGACGUCCAUCUUCCGUCGUCACGGUGCUUUGCCUUCUCGACGAAGUUCCAUCUUCCCACGCUCGACGCACUAUGGCGAUAAUGCCGUUCAGCUGCUUGAUCGACAUGGGACAGUGCUACAGCUCCCGUUCGACCUUACCAUGAGCCAUGCCCGGAUGAUGGCCAAGUCGACAAGCACCUUACCGGUGCAGAAGACAUUUUGUUUUGGCACGGUGUAUCGUGACAGGCAGGACAGUGGCCAGCCUCUGGAGUUCAACGCCGUUGACUUUGACAUUGUGACGUCGAAUACCUUGCACCUUGCAUCGCAUGAGGCGGAGGUGCUAAAAGUCCUCGACGAGAUCAUUCACAUAUUUCCGGCCCUGAACCCAGCGCAGAUGUGCUUCCAGGUUGGCCAUUCCGAUCUGCUGAGGCUCAUCUUUGAGCACUGUGGCGUGGAGCCCCUUUGCUACAAAGCGGCGGCUGAACAGUUGUCCAAACUUAACGUUCACGGGGUGACUUGGCAGAAGAUUAGCGCCGAGCUGCGGUCGCCAGCUGUUGGGGUUUCGGCAAUGAGUGUGGACGAGCUGCAGCGCUUCGACUUCAGGGACACGCCCAAGCAGACCUUUGCGAAGCUCAAGACACUAUUCGAGGGCACUGACAUGUUUCAGCGUGCAUCGUCUGUCAUUGCUCACCUCAAAGAAGUCGUCGAAUACACAAGGCGUCUCAACAUUGGCGUCCGACUGUACAUCAGCCCUCUGAGCAGUUUCAAGGAGGACUUUUACACAGGCGGCAUACUGUUCAGCUGCAUCUACGACCGCAAGAAGAAGGAUGUCUUUGCUGCUGGAGGGCGCUACGACAACUUAAUCCGGGAGCAGCGCCCCAAGAUUGGGGGCCAGCUGCAGGAGAAACACGCAGUUGGCUUCAGUCUGUCUUGGGACAGACUUUGCAAAGUCCCCAAGGCAGGCAAGGCGUUCCUCAAGAAGGGCGAGGAAGAAGCUUUGGGCAUGUUUGACGCCAACCGAUGCGACGCGCUCGUUGCAAGCUUCAAUGCAACAGUCCGCAACUCCAUGGGUUACGACAUUUUGCAGAUGCUGUGGCAGAACGAUAUCAGUGCUGAGCUGGCACAGGAUGCUCGGUCACCAGAGGACCUAAUGGCGAAACACCGUGAUGAUUCAUAUUCGUGGAUCAUCAUCGUCAAGCAAGAUUCUAUGCUCAAGAUCAAGAGCCUGCGUCGAAAGGACGUGCCUGAUGCCGACGUGCCCGCACCGCAACUGCUAUCUUGGCUGAGGGCUGACAUGAGAGAGCGGGAUCCCAGAGGCGCCAGUAAGAUCAAGGCACACACUCCGCACUCGGCAGCAGACAUGGGUUUCGGCGAAGGCAAGCGCGAAAGCGAAGUGCUUGUGCUGGCGGCCCAGACCAAGAGCAAGAAGUUCAAUCGACGCACCGUCGUUGAGCAGGCGCAAUCCGAGGUGGUAACGCUCAUGGGCUCCUAUACGGAUGGGCCGAUCCUGGCCGUCGAGGGCAUCUCAGAUGCUGUCUUGGACGCCAUCCGCGCCGCACCGCUCUCAAGCCCGGAUAAGUGGCGGCGAUUGAGUGAAUCGGUAGGCGGCGUGGAGAGGCAUUACGUGGGCAACAUUCGGGAGCAGUUGACCAACUGGAGAGCGAGGUUCGAGACGGGCGGCUCGCAGCUGUGCUUCCUGUACAAUUUCCGGACGAGCCACUGCGUGUUCUACGAUUUGGGAGCGUGA